AUGGCUUCGAGCAGGUGUUGCAGGCCCUGGACCAGGCUUUCAAGUACGACUCGCGAGUGGAGGUAUUUUUACGGUGGGGCACGCCGCCCCGAUCAGUCCCUUUUGGCUUAUUGUGCUGACCACCGUGAGGCGUUGAGGGAAGUCCAGAAGCAUGGGAUCAAAAUCCCACCUGAAGUGGAUGGAUACAUCUUGCUUCGCCGUUCCGGCUUGACGAAUGAACAGAAGCAGUUGAUUCAAUCCCAGGUUGGGGCAGACAUGUCUGCCAGCAAGGUCGAGGAGCACAUGUACUUUUUGCUUGGCUCAUCUUCAGGAGUAUGGCGUCGAGCUACGGGUCACGCCCAUGCUGCUGAGGACGAGCUCGGCGAAGAAACCUGGGAGGAUGAGCCCAACUACGCUGACUACGCCUAUUAUGAGGACGAGGCCUGGGAAGCAGACGAGCCGACGGUUGAAGAAGCCGAUGGUGAUGCAGAACAGGCCCUUUAUGAGGACGAGCCCACUGAGGAAGAUGAGAAUCUAGAGGAGGCAUAUGCUACAUACCUUGAUGCUAGGAAGCGCCUGGCUGAGGUGAAAGCCAGUCGUGGGUAUUAUCCUGUUGUUGCCCUUGUGCCUGGCUCCGAGCCGAGUUCCUCACAGCUUCCUUUGUCUUACUCGAAUGCCGCCUCUAAGGGGAAAGGCCGCUCAGCAGUGUUUGCGCUGCGGACAGUACGGCCACUGGGCAUCGCAAUGUCCUUCACCUGCCAACGCUCGUUGCCCGUGCGCGUGCCAAAUCGUUCGUGCAUUUCGUUUGAGUGUGCCGUCUCGCCUCGUGUGGCUGGAGACUCACCGCCCGUUUGCGUGCCGGAUCGUGUGCUGCAUUCCUCCGUCACGUGCCUGACAGGUGCCGCCUUCGCCGUUGACUCGUCAGGUCCACCUCCCUUGUUUGCCCAGCAAGAUGGCGGUGCAUCUGCUAUGUUAGGUGGCCACAGGCCUGUCAUGGAGGCCAUUGAGCACUUGAUCAGCCGAGGUGUGCCCGAAAGUCGCUUUGAGUUUUCUCGUGUGGACAAGACGUUUCGUUUUGGUGGCGAUGCCUCGGGCCAUGCCAGUUGGGCAGUACACCUGCCUGUUGUGAUUAGCCGCGUCCCCGGCCGUUUGCAGACCUUCAUUGUCGAAGGCGACACGCCGAUCCUCAUCGGACGUCCUGCUAAGGCUCUCCAAGUAAAAACCGACUUCGAGCGGGACCUGUGCAGUGUUUUGGGAGCUGAGUUCAGCGCUGCCACUCUGGGGGAAAGGGGUGAGUUCCUCUUACGCCUGGACGAUGGCCUUGAUGAAGAUACUCUCCUGCAGCCACUUGCUUUUGAUCUGAUGACCGAUGAGAUCGCGACUGAAAUGUCGGCUACAGCCGCUCCUUCCUUCAACACCUUGUCUGAGUACCUUGCUGAUACAGGCCGUCCUGGACCUGAAGUUGCCCACACCGUGGUCUCAAAUACAGGGGCCAAAACUGGACCCCCACAAACCCCCAUUUUGGAGCCGAAACUGGGGGUUUGUCCGGGUGCACCAGACCAUGCGUUGGGCCAGUCAGUAGCUGUCGAUACUGACUUCUGCUUGCCUAUCCCAGCGAAGCUUUUCAAGUCUCUCGAAAUUGCUGCCCGCCAGGCUGCGAAUGCCGAGAACUCAGUGAUUGAGCAAGCCCUGUGGACUUCUCCGUCAACUCCUAUGGUCUUUUGGGAGCUCUACUCAGGUGACGCGGGCCUUUCCCAGGCUAUGGAACAGCUCGGUUUUCAGGUUCGCACCUUUGAUCUUCCCGAGUGGGACUUCACGAAGGCUCGCCACCGCAGCCGCCUGUUGGAUUUGUAUGAGAGUGAGCGCCCUCAUGUGGUGUGGCUAGCCCCUCCAUACCAUAAGUGGAGCCCCCUUCAGGAGCUGACAUCUCGAGAUGCCGGUCAGCAAGAGCUGCUUGACAUUGAGCGGUGCCGUCACCAUGCCAGUCACCUCCGCCUGUCACGGCGUCUCUUUCGCCUUCAGCUCGCUGCUGGCCUUGUCGCUGUCAUUGAGCACCCUCUCAAAAGCCGUGCUUGGACGACCCCGGCCUUCAGCACACUUGGUGGUUACCAGGUUGUGAUUGAUCAGUGUGCUUUUGGGGCAUGUUUGCCAGACGACAAAGGACGCCUACAGCCCAUUAGGAAACCGACCCGUCUGCAGGUGACCACUCUUGCCCUGCAGGAGGCCUUUGCACCCUGCCACUGUCCAGGCCACCGCUUUCAUUUGCCAGUUGUAGGCUUCUCUCCUCGGUUUGGCUCCCGUGCCGCUGGCGAUUAUCUACAUGCCAUGUGCUGUCACAUUGCCGUCAUUUUGCAGCAUGCUUUGUUGGGUGCCGUCAGUGUGUCCCCUGUAGGCACAACCUCGGAUACCGCCUUUGUUCAGGGUGACGGCACCGGGCCCGAUGGUGACGAUUUGGGCUCGGUCCCUGAGCCUGCUGAGUCGGCUGCUCCCGCAGCCCCUCGACACCACAACAGUGGUGUUCUGCAACGCCUCUUGGAGGAAAGACCGGCCGAGGCCAAGCGCAUUGCUGCGCGACUUCAUAAGAAUUUGGGGCACCCGUCUGCCGAGCAGCUUGUACACCAGUUGCGUGCCCGUGGCGCAUCGCAGGCUCUUGUUGAGGCGGCCCAGGCUCAUGUGUGUCCCGUGUGUGCUCAGCUGGCUGCCCCAGCUCAAGCUCCAAAGUCGGCUCUUCGAAGCGCCAGUCGGCUGAAUGAGCGAUUGCUUGCUGAUACCAUGUGGGUCACCCUGCCGUGUGGGAAGACUGUUCCGGUGCUGUCUAUGAUGGAUGCUGCCACUCGUUACUUGGUUGCCCGGCCUCUUCACACAGAAUCGUCUGAGCAGUUCCUCCGUGCGUUGGAGCGCGGUUGGAUCAAGCUCUUUGGUGCUCCAGCCGCCUUGCAGGUUGAUGCGCAUCCUUCGUGGUGCUCUGCGUCGGUGCGGGAUUGGGCCACUGAGCACAGCAUUGAGUUGAUGAUUAGCCCUGGUGAGGCUCACAGCCGUUUGGCACAAGUGGAGCGCCGCCACCAAGUCCUUCGUCGUGCCAUUGACGUUUUCCUUGCCAGUGCUCCUGGUGAUGGUGAUCUCGAUGCUUUGCGUCAGGCCUUGGACUUUGUUGUUCCUCAGCUUAACCGCACGGUGUCCGUUCAAGGUUUCUCUCCAACUCAGUGGGUCUUGGGUUACCAGCCUGAACUGCCCGGUUUUCUUCUGGAUGAGCGUGUGAAUCCGAGCCACCUGGAUCCCUCUGAGUCGUUUCGCCACGGACUUGAGUUGAGAGCUCUAGCCUCCAAAGCCCUCACCGAGGCUGAUACGGAUGAGCGUCUGCGGCGGGCCUUAUUGCGUCAGACUCGGCAUUCCAAGGCUGUGUUUCGUGUUGGCCAGCGCGUUUUCUACUACCGGGAUGGCUCUGGAGUUGGGCCACGCAUCCGCUGGAAAGGCCGCGCAAUGGUUGUGAUGAUUGAGCCGGACAGCCGCACUGGCCGUCAAAGCGUUGUCUGGAUAACUCAUGGUGCCCAGCUCCGCCGAGCUGCCCCGGAGCAUCUUCGUACUGACAUGUUGGAUGUCCCCCUUUCCUCUGAGUCUCCGGGCCAAGCGCUGGAUUCUCUUCGUGGCCGUGGCACCACUACCUACUUGGACCUAAAUCGUGUCAACCGUCGCUCGAGAGAUGAUAUAGUGUCCGAUGAUGAAGCUGAGGAGUAUGAGCUUUCCGAGCCAAGCGUGCAAGACGAGGCCAUGCAGCCUCAGCUGUCGAUGCCACCCUCUGUUGCCGAGCCGGGCGGUGAGCCGGACCCGGUCCAGGAUCAGCUUCACCCGACCUUUGCCUCGCCCGCUGCUGGCCUUGAAACCUUUCAGCAGCGCCGUGCCCGAGUCGAUCGUCAGGAGACCAUCUCCUAUCAACCUCCGGCGGCCGAGCUGCAUCCUGCGUUUACUCCUCCACGUGCCCCCGAAACUUUUCAGGAGCAUCGCGCCCGAAUCGAUCGUCAGGAGACCAUCUCCCAUCGAGUUCCGUUUUACGGUCCGACUCGGCCAGUCACUGCCCGCACUACGCCUUACGCUCCUGACCGGGCCUCUGCUUCGGAGGCCGCUUUCGCCUGUGACGUGCUUCCUGAAUCUGGCGUUCGCCUUCCCUGUGGCUGGACCUAUAACGCUGAAGGAUAUCUUUCCCUUGGCGCCAUCGCUGACCAGUGGGAGCUUUCCGGCCGGCAUCUGGUGCGUCGACACUUUGUCGCCCGCUCCUCCUUGUUUUCUCCUUCUUCCCCCGGUGACUGCCCGGUCCCCGUGCAGAUGCUUGUUAAGGGUCGUACCACUUUUCGUGGCAACCAUCGCCACGAUGAUCGUUGGCGAAGUCGUUCUGUUGCUGAGCCGACGGGCCGAAGUGACGAUGACCAAGUCCUGUGGACUGGCCGCACUGUCUUCAAAAUCCAGCCCCGUUUUGUUGAGGAGGCUCGUGCUGCUUUUGUCGCUGCGUCCGGCGGCCACACUACGCACGCGGCUCCUGUCCGUAAAGACAACUUGAGUGAACGCACCAUGGGCUUGAGCGACCUCUUGAGUUUCCAAGAAGCCAAGCGCAGAGAACUUUCCAGUUUCUUUCAGAACUCUGUGUGGGAGUUUGACACAGAGAGCAGUGCUCCAGCUGGCCGCAUUCUUAAGGCACAUUUCAUUCUGAAGUGGGGCAAACAUCCGGAUGGUUCGCCACGAGCCAAGGCGCGCCUCAUCACCCAAGGUUUCAAAGACCCUGAUGCCUUGAACGGCCUGGUUGACCGCACCUCUCCUACCUUGACCCGCCUGGCUCGUCAUUGCAUGCUAUCCCUAGCUGCCACCUUGGGGUGGGAUGUCUCCACCGGUGAUAUCACCACAGCCUUCUUGCAAGGCAAACCUUACGAUGGCCAGCGUACGUUGUGGAUUCGGCUACCGGCCGAUGCUCGCAAGAUGCUCGGAUUGACUGAUGCCAAGGCUCGCCUCAAAGACACUUUUGCAUUCCGGGAGUGGCACGAGGGCGAGCGUUCAGUGGAGUACCUUGGCUCGCAAAUUGAGUGCCUGCCCGACGGCAGCACCAAGUACCAUCAGGCUAAGUACCUAGCCAAGCUUCACCCGAUCACCGUUGACAAGGUCAGGGCUGCCUCUCCUGAAGAACCCGUUACUGAGAAAGAGCGCACAAAGCUCCGGGCCCUCCUUGGUGGACUCCAGUGGGCUGCCACACAGUCUACUCCUCACCUGCAGCCUCACACCUCAAUGUUGGCUGGCCAAACCACCAAGGCCACUGUUGCCACCCUUGUGGCCGCCAAUAAGGCCCUUCGUUUUGUCAAAGCUAAUUCUGAUGUUGGCUUGUGCUAUCAAUACUUGGGCCCCUUCUCGGACCUUGUGCUGGUGGCAUACAGUGACGCUUCCUUUGCGUGCCGCGCCGACUUGUCGAGCCAGGGAGGGUGCCUUGUGACUCUGUGCCACAAGGAUGCCAUGCAGAAAGGCACGGCUUGUGCCUAUCACGUGUUGGACUGGCGCUCCUUUCGCCUGCCUAGGGUUGCUCGCUCCACCCUGUCGGCGGAGGGCCAGGCCGCCGCUGAGGCAGCAGAUGCUUUGUACUUCACCUCCCUGUUUCUGAAGGCUUUCUUUGAGCCUGGCUUGGACUUGGCCUCACCUACUGCAGCAAGACUUGAGCACCCGUCGGCCCUCGUUGUUGAUGCUAAAGCACUUUACAACCUGCUGGUCAAGGAUGAACUGCAGACCGCCCUUGGCGCUGAGAAGCGCACGGCUGUCGAGGUGCUGGUGACGAAGCAGAAACUUCGAGAAGCAGGUGCUACUCCUCGUUGGGUGAGUUCUGAGCGUCAGCUCGCUGAUGGGCUUACAAAGGAAAGUGCCACCCAGUUACUCGCUGACCGGCUGCGCACUCACAAGAAUCGUCUGACGGAUGACCUCAGCUACGAAGCUGCCCGAAAGAAAGAUCCGGAGCGUCGCCAAGCAUCGGCUCAGGAGUUUGCUCUCAGUAGGCCGCUGCCCCCUGUGUGGCGCGACUCUGCCUUCGGUGACCGUGCCGUCUAG